GCCCUGCCCCAGGGUCUCUCUCGGCGGCGCGCGAGGCUGGGGCCGGGGCCGCUCCGCCCCGAUCGCCGAGCUCCUCCUCCUCUCCUCAAUACACGGCGGCGCGGCGCUGCCACUCAGGCCAAAGAGGGAGGCGAGGCCAGCCUCCGCAGCCGCUGGUCAUAACCGUCGCAGGAGGUGAGUAGAGAAAAUGUGACUUCCCAGGAAAAUGAAACCAAGUGGUUUGAAAAGCAGCAGCAAAGGACCGUUCCCCUCUGAUAUGCAAGGACGAACAGAAAGAAGCAGACCUCCCCUGAAAACUGUGAAAAAGGUUUCCACAAGAUCAGAAAAAUUAAAAUACAAACCACUGACUGGGAAGGUGUUUUACCUUGAUAUUCCAUCCAAUAUCCUCUCUGAAAAAAUAGCAAAAGAUCUUAAGGAAUUGGGAGGAAAAGUGGAAGCGUUCCUUAGCAAAGAUAUUAGCUAUCUAAUCUCCAGUAAAAAGGAAGCAAAAUUUGCUCAGACUCUUGGACAAGCAUCUCCAGUCCCAAGUCCAGAAUCUCUAUAUAAUGGAGGAAACAGUUCAUCUCAUCCAAGCAGCAAAAGAGAUAGGCACGAUGGAAGUUCAUUUAAGAUGGUGGACACAGUGCGCAUGAGUAGAGGAAAAUCUUUAGUUGAAAAAGCAAUCAAAGAACAGGAAUUACUCCCUUCAGGUAGUGUUCUGUCCAAUGCCUUGAGCUGGGGAGUAAAAAUACUUCAUGUUGAUGAUAUCAAGAAUUACAUUGAUCAAAAGAAAAAAGAUCUCGCUCUGAUCAAGAAAUCAAGCGCCGAAGUCAAAGAGGUGGAAAAAGAGUCUUCCUCUCAGAAAACAAAAAGUAAACUUAAAAAUCCUUUUCUGAAGGUAGAAGAUAGAAAAUGUCACUACAGACCAUUUUACCUGCAACUAUCCAGCUUUCCUGUUGUCAACUAUUUUAAUCCAAAACCUUGCAGCCCAUUUGAUGUAGAAAAGAAGAGCACUAAUGGCCAGAAGCAAAUUCAGUGUAAACAAAGAAUUUCGGCAAACAAUGACAAAGAAAGAGCCUUUCCAGUUCAAGUUCCUGCAAAGCAUAAGAAGAGAAAAGGCUAUUGUGAAUGUUGUAUGAAGAAGUAUGACGAUCUCCAAGCUCAUAUAGAAACUGAACAACACCAACAUUUUGCACAAAGUUCUCACUAUCAAGUUGUAGAUAACAUCAUCUCCAAGUUUCCUUGUGACUUUGUAGAGCUGAGAGAGAAUACACCAAACAUUAAAAGGAGAAAAUGUAGUGUUGGACAAAUUGCUCCUCUCAUUGGAACAAAAACCGAUGAACUGAAAGAACGACUGAAGAAACAAGAUAUUCAGUUGAGGUGGUAUUCUAGGAAAAGCAUUACUGUGCAAACCCUGAAAGAGGGUCCUCACCACUUAGAUGUGUAUCCUUCAUCAACACAAAAAUAUUCUCCUACCUCUGAACCUUUUCAUUCUGAACGUUCUUUUCAUUCCUACCACACCAUCUGUUUCUCAGAAGCAGCAAGAAAAGUGAAUGACAAUACUGAAAAUGGUAAAAUCACAAAAGCUUCAAAUUUAACAGAAAUUGCUUUAUCAACAAACUUGGUACAGCUACCUCCUCAGAAAGAAAGUAAAAUGUGCUUGAAAAACUUGCCUGAAAUUUAUGAACAUUGUGAGCCCAUAUCAAGACAGAAUUUGCAAAUUUUGUCAUCAAACUUAAGCCCACUGCAUACUCCAAUUCAAGGUUCUGAGUUUAGUGAAAGGACUGACACAUCAAAGCCAAAACGAAAAUUGAACAAUGUGGUCCUUCUGCCAGCAAAAUAUUUGAAGAAGUUAGAUACUAAUUCAGCAGUUGAUAAAGAUUUUGCUGACCUUGGUUUGGAGAGCAAAUUUCCAAGAGAGCUUUCGGUCCUUCUACAGCCAGAACAGGCAUGUCAGAGUCCAUCUGCAACCAAAGAUCCCAUUGAAUUGACAGAGAGCAGUAUACAAAGUUCACCUUCAGUAAAACUCAACAGGAAAGUAAUAUAUUCCAUAGGACGAAAUAAAAAAGCAAAUCAGAAACAAAAUGUGGAGUUAUGCUUACAACAGACCGAUAAACUACCUAUUCCAGAAGAAACAAAAAAUGUACAAAGCCCAUCAACACAAGCACUAUCUGAAUUAUUUCAGACGAGUGAUGCAAAUUCUGAUUUUGGGGGGUUUUCAAGUAUUCCAGAGAACAAAGAUUCCAGUUUGAUGAAAGAUACUUGGGAAGAUCAGCAUACAGAUGGUCUGUGGUCUUUGUUUUCUACUUCUGCCUCCUCGUCACCUUUUAUUGGAUUUUAAUGCUACUUUAUUUAAAACAAUGAGUUUUGAAUAAACGUGCAAACUAAAAGAUUUUUGUGAAAAAUUUGUUUUUAUAAUAAACUAUAUAGCGGUGAUUCUUGAAUUAAACCCUUAUGUGCAUGUUA